GAACAAUGGAAGAUAACCCUGCAGGAUAUUAAGUUGCUGUAUCUCCAGCGUCAGUAUAAACGAUGCAUCGCCCGUUCGUCAGCUAUCCUCAACACCUCCAGGGAAGCAAUCCACCCAGUGUACAAAACUUACCUUUACUACUACAGUGCAAUUUCAUACGAAGCAAUGGGUCGCUACGCUCAUAACUACUCGAUCAAUAAACUUCCUCUGCUACACUCAGCCUUGGAUUGCUUUGUUACCUGUCUCGCGGUUCUACCCAACACCAUACGCAUCCACGAGACCGAUCCCGAAACUCCCAGCUACACCUCCUUUGGCGAGUCUUGUUCAGCGUCAGACCUAUCAGGGACACUUUCCCCGACUGAAAGUCUCGUCAGCAGCAUUACAGACAUCAUUGACAAAACCCUUGGCUGCUCCGACGACGACGACGACGACGACGACGACGACGCCAACAGUACUUCUUCAAGCAUCUACCAGGGUUCCGUUGAAGAACUCGAAGAAAAAAGCCUGAUGCCGCCUCCGCUGCACGUCCGAAAAUCACCUGCACAGGUCAAUAACGUCUCAGCGAAUCAUACUGGCAGCAGUGGACCAGGGCGGGUCCGGCCACCGCCACCGCUGCCUAUCAAAGUCGUCCCAUUCGGGCGUACCUGUCCUGACAGGUCCAAAAGCAGGCUAGGAGGUGGUGAUAUUGCUCAAGCGGCGUCGGCGGCGGCGGCGGCGGCGCCAAUGACACCACGCCGCCGUGAGGAGGCCGCUGCCGUGGGCAACUACAAUGCCAGCAUUCAUUUCCUCUACAGCCAGAUCAACUCGAAUAUUGCCUCGGUCCAUUACUUGAUUGACGAAGUGGCUGGGAUCCGGCAGGCCCGGAAGAAGAAGUCCCAGAGUUUCGGGCGAUCGGCUUCGUUUUGGUCCUUUCGUCCUGUGACAGAGGGGGCGUCUCCAGAGAGCGUUGCUCAGCGGGUUUCAGACCCAGAUUCAACCACGGAGACGAUGCAAGCGCGGAUUGCGCGGCUCCGUGCUGAGGGAUGGCAGACUGUGGGGUUGAGGUCCUCCAAGCGGCGGUGGAAGGGCAGCGCGUACUACAAGGCUUACUGCGGGUCGGUUUUGGAUGAGCUAUACCUCGAU